GCUGAAAAACCUAACCUGCUACGUUCGCAGAUAACAGAUUCGCUUUACAAUUCCAAACAAAACUUAACACUUAACCACCUAUCCAAAGGCGUCAAUUUUCUGGAGUCAGGUUUAAUAAUUUUAAUCUGUUCUGUUGGACCGGCUGACCAUUCAAAAUUGUUGAGAUUUUAGUACGCAUUUGAGUAACCUAUUCUUCAAUAAUAUGUCUAUCAUAGUCAGUGGAUUCAAUGGAUUUGAACAAUUCAAAUGCUUAUGUACCUUUUUAAAAAAUAGAAAUUAUAAUAAAUCCAUCCAUGGUAAUGCCAACUUAAAUUGUGGAACUAAUAAUUCAGUGUUAAAUUUAAUCUUGAAUAGUUUCCCAAUUAAUUUCAACACAACUUUCACACUGUCAUGGAGCUAUUGUUUGAGUUACCAUGGUGACACAUUAUGGUUAUUUGGAUAUGUUGGAAGAAAAUUAAAUUGUAUAAAAAAUGUUAAAUUACCAAACAGUGAAAAAAUAAACCAGGUGAGUUGUAGUCGCAGACAUAUCCUCUGUGUGACAGAGACUGGGACCUGCUGGCAGUAUAGCCUCGAGACUGAUCAGUUGAAAGACUUGAGUGGAAUCCUCACUACUGAACCGCAACGAGAAGAUGCUAUUCGGGAGUUUGUCGUGAAAGUGAGCUGUGGAGAGACGAUAACAGCAGUACUAACAGACAAAGGAUCGGUGUACAACAUGCCUAACAAGCUGGAACUACGAGGUGAGAAGAUAGUUGAUAUAGCUUGUGGGCGCUCACAUAUCCUCAUGCUGUCAGAGAGAGGCGAGGUUUUCUCAGUUGGAGAAGGCAGUCGGGGCCAGUUGGGGCAUGGAGAGCUGGAAAAUGAGGAGGAACCAAGGCUGGUGGAGGGAUUGGCAGGAUUGGUGGUGGUGGCAGUGGUGUGUGGGGGUUGGCACUCCUGUGCACUUACAUCUGAUGGAGACCUCUAUUCUUGGGGAUGGAACAUGGCGGGGCAGCUCGGCUUGUACAAUCAAGAGUCAAGAGGCAAAGUUUCAGUGCAGGCAAUACCACAAGCUGUUGACUGGCCAGAUCAAUCAGAGGUACAUGUCUCCAAGGUAGCGUGUGGAGCCAGACACACCGUCACUCUGUUAGAUGACGGAAGUGUAUGGGGGUGUGGUUGGAACGGUUACAAUCAACUAGCACUAGCUGGGGUGGACUCUGUGGAUCAGAUGACUAGGUUACCAGUUGACGGCAGUGUGCGACACAUAGUCUGUGGACCAUGGAGUACCUGCUUCAUUACUUGAGGUAUGAGAAGAAUAAAUCACAAAGAUACUGCUGUGAGUUCGCCAGUGGAUACAACUGCAAAAAGAGCUGAACCUGGAAAAAGUAGUGCAGUGAUGUUGUAAAUGUUUAUAAAACAAUUAAAUAUAAUAAACUAUAUUUUCUUCUA